AUGAAGCUCACAACCUCUACCCUCCUUUCCCUCGCCACCGCGGCGCUCGCCGCCCCCAACCCAACCCACACAACCCCCCUAAAGCCUCGUCAGGCCUCUCACGGCUGCCCCUCGGCCGUCACGCUCGACGCCAAAACCAACGUCUUCCGGCAGUACACGCUGCACGCGAACAACUUCUACCGCAGCGAGGUGGAGGCGGCGGCCGCACAGAUCUCGGACCCGACGCUGGCAGCCAAGGCGCUGAAGGUCGCCGACGUGGGGAGCUUCCUGUGGAUCGACACGAUCGCGAACAUCAAGCGGUUCGAGGAUAACCUUGUUGACGUGCCGUGCGAUCAUAUCUUUGGCGCGGUCGUUUAUAACUUGCCGGGGAGAGACUGUGCUGCCAAGGCGUCGAACGGCGAGCUGAGGACGGGCGAGAUUAAUCGGUAUAAGUAUGACUAUAUCGAUAAAAUCGCCGAGAUCAUCAAGAAGCACAGCAACGUGGCCUUCGCGCUGGUCAUCGAGCCCGACUCGCUGCCGAACUUGGUGACCAACAGCGACGUGCAAAAGUGCCGCGACGCGGCGCGCGAGUACCGCGAGGGCGUCGCCUACGCCCUGCGCACUCUCAAUCUGCCCAACGUCGUCAUGUACAUUGACGCCGGCCACGGCGGCUGGCUCGGUUGGGACAGCAACCUGCGCCCGGGCGCCGAGGAGCUGGCUAGCGUGUACAGGUCCGCCGGCAGCCCCAGCCAGGUCCGCGGUAUUGCCACUAACGUGGCUGGGUGGAAUGCUUGGGAUCUCACCCCCGGCGAGUUCUCGCGCGCUUCCGACGCCCAGUGGAACCAGUGCCAGAACGAGAAGACGUACGUCGAGGUCUUCGGCCGCUACCUGCGCGACGCGGGCAUGCCCAACCACGCCAUCGUCGACACCGGCCGCAACGGCGUGCAGGGCCUCCGCAAGGAGUGGGGCAAUUGGUGCAACAUCAACGGCGCCGGCUUCGGCCAGCGUUUCACGACCAACACGGGCUCCGAGCUGUGCGACGCCUUCGUGUGGGUCAAGCCGGGCGGCGAGUCGGACGGUACCAGCGAUCCGUCGGCCGAGCGCUACGACAGCUUCUGCGGCAAGGAGGAGAGCUUCAAGCCUUCGCCGGAGGCUGGCCAGUGGAACCAGGCCUACUUUGAGAUGCUGCUGCGGAAUGCCAACCCUCCGUUCUAA